UAGGCGGCGCUCUGUCUCAGUCCAGAUCUGCGGGAAAAUGGCCGGCCAGGAAGAUCCCGUCCAGAGAGAGAUUCACCAAGACUGGGCAAAUCGAGAAUAUAUAGAAGUUAUUACCAGCAGCAUUAAGAAAAUCGCAGAUUUCCUCAACUCGUUCGAUAUGUCCUGUCGGUCCCGAUUGGCAACUCUGAAUGAGAAGCUGACGGCGCUGGAGAGGAGAAUUGAAUACAUUGAGGCUAGGGUUACAAAGGGGGAGACAUUGACUUAGGCCGCACGGGGACACAGGAUUCAGAAGAGCCUGGAGUAGCUCUGUAUAACAAUGGCACCCAAACAUCACCUUCUUCCAUUUUAUAACAUUUUUUAAAAUAUGCUUGCAUACUUUAGACACAUUUGUGUUUGCACGGGACAACUAAAAGACCUUCCCAAAUGAGAUGUGUGCGUGGCUUUCCUUUUCUCUUAAUCCCUCUGGAUAUCUUUUAAGUCCCAAGACCUGUUGCUUACUUUUGGCACUCUCCUCAAACUGAUGGUGGCAUUUGAGGACAGUGUUUAGAACUGCACAGAACACCGCAUAAUAAUUUUAGCAGGUAAUGUAAACGUGGAGACAACUCGCAGUAGCCGGCAGGAAUGAGGAGUUAACUACUAUAAGCAGCAUGAAGUGUACCUUGUGCUUGUGAAUGAGUGAAGCAGUAACUAAAAAAAAAUGUCACUGAAAAUCCAACUGUCCUUUGAACCUUUAAACCUCACCCCUUCUUUUAGAAAUCCUCACCCCCUAAUCCCUCUUUUACUAAAGCAGACAGGGAGGUGGUGCUUGCAGAAUGCAUAGAGGGUGCUCGUGUAGCAGAGACAACCAGUCAUAACCCUUCUAUCAUGGGCACAGUGCAGGAAAUGAAGAGAAGUCCCAGAGUGCCAAGUUAAUUCUCUUAUUGUGGACACUGUACUGCAGGGGUCUGCAUCCCUGAUCCUGGAAUGUCCCCUUCCAACAGCGCUCGUACUAUACAUUACAUACAUACCUUAAUUGGUGCAUGACCAGAGAUCCUUAAAAAAAAGUUUAGCUUUUCCUAAUGACGUCAGCUGUAAUGAAAACCAGAGGACACCUUAGCUCUCCAGGACCAGCUCUGCAGACCUCUGCUACUGUAUCUCUUAUUUUUUUUUCUAAGCUCUUUUUUUUAAACUUUGUGUAAGUGUAAUAUAACUGUACCAUUUAUGUUUGAAAAAUUAAAAUUGGAAAAAAGUGG